UCCCCAAAUUUGUUCAUUCUUUGUUUUCUUAUAUUUUUUUAUAACGCCAAUUUCAUUGAUUUCAAUCAAAUUCGCCGAUCAUGAGAUUUAGUAAAGGUAGCAAAGUCGAGGUCCUUAUCAAGGAGGAGGUACCAACAGGUGCCUGGCGCUGCGCCGAGAUCAUCUCCGGUAACGGCCACACUUACAGCGUCAGGUACGGCUGUUUUCCGUUCACUGGCGAGGCGGGGACGGUGGAGAGAGUCCUUAGAAAAGCGAUUAGGCCUUGCCCUCCACCUAUAAACGGGACCGUUGAUUGGUUUCCUGGCGAUAUCGUAGAGGUGUUCGAUGACCUGUGCUGGAAAUCGGCCGUGAUGGUUACUGUUUUCGGUGGAAACAACUUUUCUGUGAGGAUUCUUGGAUCGAAUUUAGAACUGGAAGUACAUCGAUCUCGACUGCGUGUUCGACAGUCGUGGGAAGAUGGCAAGUGGUUCCUCGUGGGAAAGGGUUCGUCAAAUUCCUCACAUAAGAGGAAAAGAUCUUCGAUUGGCUUCUCGGGUGCUGGUGGGCAGAAGAAGAGGGCUAUUGAAAAGGGUAGUUUUGAUGGUAAAAGGAUAAUAGUUCGGUUUCCUUCUCCAGCUUCUGAAAAGGUAGAUGCGUUUGUUUCCCCAAAUAGUAUACGGGGUGAAAGAUGUACGCCUUCUUCCUUUUAUAGAAUUGAUGAUACCGGUGAUACCUUGAGUUGUGCAUCGUCUGUUGGUAGCUGUAGUGGUGUAGGGAAUAAUGGUCUUAACUUGUCUCCUUACAUAACAAACGAUUGUGAAAACUUGGACGAUUCUUGUAGCGUUGUUGACACUUAUUGUGAAAGGAAAUGUGGAGAAGAAGCUAGUUCUGGUGGUAUUAGUGAAGGAUUGGGAAUGGAUUUCCGCAGGUUGGAGCUACAUGCCUAUCAGCAGGCUCUUGAGGCAUUGUAUGCUUCUGGGCCUUUGACAUGGGAAGAAGAAGCAAAUAGUAUCUCAUUGUCACUGUUGGAGGCAUCCAUAUAUAGCUUCAAGAGCCAUGAUUGGGUUUAAAUUUUGCCACCUCUUGCUGUUGACCAGUGGGCAACAUCUAUGGUUUAUUCCCCAAUGGAUCCCUUAAACCUUGCUUUUGAUGGGUGCUUCUGAACCCCUUGAAGAACUCCCAGUUGAAAAUCAUUGCCUGUCCAUGUGAGAUGUUCUGUAAGAAAAAUUCCUGCAUCAUGUAAUUUAUAAUUUGUAUAUUUUGUUUUCUGUGGAUUCUGCAUGACAAACGAUUCAUGCUGUGGUUAACUUGUUGAUUUUCCCUUAUUAUGUACAGUUCAUGAGAAUCCGUCAUGCCGGUAACAUAUUCUUUUCCCUUCUCUUGAUCAACUGUUAAUGAUUCGUGAGGCUUUUUAGAUUGAUGUUUGACUAGAAGAGUGUUAGAAAUUUAAAUACUGGAUUCCUAUUUGUUGUUGUUGCAUGCAGUAUGGACUUAAAGUGCUUCAAUGCAUAUUUUUAUGUACUAGGUAGGUUCCUUCCAAUGGUAAGUUCUGUUUGAUUAUUUGUUAUUUACACUUGUUCCACCUUUACAAUGUUCUUUUGAGACUUUUGAGUGGUUACUAUUUAACUACGAAUUUGACACACGUGAAUGCUUUGGCUAAUGCAUGUUAUCUAAGAGCCUGUUUGUACUCAUAAUCAUAACAUACCAUGGCUAAUUGGCCUUUGAUUUAGAUUCCUCCGUGUUUAUUGUCACAUGUACAGAUCAUGGAGCAGAGACUUGCUUGAUAGAGGAGAAGAAAUUGUCGUUUCUACCGAAGUCAAUUUUCAAUUUGAUAAUGACUUGUUGCCUAAUUCAAUUGUUUAUCUCUAAAUGUGGAAACAUGAAUCAAAAUGUUUUGACACUAGUUAUUUAGAAAAUGAAAAAUAGUGUUUUUUUCAAGAGCAAUCUAAUUGACUUCACUCUAUUAGGGCCAUCUGAAGAACUCAACUCCCGUGGUGGGUAUGUAUGAUAAGGAUCUUGGUAGUUGCUUGGAGUGCACAGGUGAAAUAUUUUAAGCCAGAUAAUUUUAAUCAUGUAAGUCUCACGCUUGAGAAGAGACAAAUGCACACAAUUUUAAGCCAGAUAAUACUGUUUAGCAUAAUCUGUACUUAUG